CCAUUGCAGCCGCAGCUGGCCGUUUGUGAUUCGGCUGAGGAGGGACAAAUGUUAACUACCAAACUUCACAAUGUCGAGGGGCUUUCGGAGACUUUUCCAGGCUCAGCCUUCAGUUACUGGCUUAGUGUGAAAACGGACUUGUACGAUGGACGGUUUGCCUCUGAGGAGGAGAAAAUGCGGAGCCGCAGCGCAGAACCAAAGCAGUCUCCUACCAUUCUCUCACCUGCCUGGUGGCCCAGUCUCUCACCAUGAACACCAGUAGGAAUUGCACCACAGUGGGGAAUGGUGAGGGUCUGGCUGCCCUGGAGUCAGUCUCCAUCGUGACCAUCACGCUCCUCGCCUGCUUCGGGAACCUCUUGAUUGUGGCAACCCUUUAUCGCAGGCCUUAUCUGCUCACACCCAGCAACAAAUUUGUGUUCAGCCUGACCCUGUCCAACCUGCUGCUGUCCAUGCUGGUGCUGCCGUUUGUGGCUGUAAGCUCGGCAAAGAGAGAGUGGGUGUUUGGGGUGGUGUGGUGUAACUUCACCGCCCUGCUCUACUUGCUCAUCAGCUCUGCCAGCAUGCUCACCCUCGGAGCUAUUGCCAUUGACAGGUACUAUGCAGUGCUUUACCCGAUGAUCUACCCCAUGAAGAUCACAGGAAACCGGGCAGUUGUCGUCAUCUCCUAUGUGUGGUUACACUCUCUGGUGGGCUGUCUGCCUCCUCUGUUCGGCUGGUCCUCCUUCGAGUUCGACUGCUUCAAGUGGACCUGUGUUGCGUCUUGGCACAGAGAGCUGAGCUACACAGCCUUCUGGGUCACCUGGUGCACCCUUCCCCCCUUCUUCGUAAUGCUGGCCUGUUACGGUGUAAUUUUCCGUGUUGCCCGCAUGAAAGCCCGCAAAGUACACUGUGGGACAGUUGUUGUGGCCCAGGACGACUCCACUGGAGCUCAGAGGAACGGACGAAAAAACUCAAGCACCUCAACUUCCUCUAACGGAAGCCGGCGGAGCCUCGUGUACGCGGGGAGCCAGUGCAAGGCCUUUGUCACCAUCUUAGUGGUGAUCGGCACCUUCCUGAUGACCUGGGGGCCAUAUGUCGGUGUGGUGUGCACCGAGGCUUUGUGGGGACAAGGGAGUGUGUCUCAGGGACUUGAGACUUUGGUGGCUUGGCUGUCUUUCUGCAGCGCGGUGUGCCACCCCCUCAUCUACGGUCUGUGGAAUAAAACGGUGAGGAAGGAGCUGCUGGGGAUGUGUUUCGGAGAUCGCUACUACAGAGAGUCGUUCGCCACGCGGCAAAGGACGUCCCGCCUCUUCAGCAUCUCCAACAGAAUCACAGACUUGGGUAUGUCCCCACACCUGACAGCCAUGCUGGCUGGUGGAGGGCAUCUGCUGGCCCCAGGGAGCAGCACAGGAGACACUGGCUUCAGUUUCACUCAGGACUCAUGCACAGACGUGAUGCUGCUGGAUAACUUCUCCACAGACGGUUCCUCCCACCCACAGCACCACGGGAAUCCGUCCGGGAAGAGGAGGAGCUCGGUCACCUUUGAAGACCAGGUGGAGCAUUCCAAAGCUGAAAACACCAACACAUCCGCAGUUCAAGUCCACGCAGACGUACACAAAUCUCUCGACACCUUUGCCUCCUGUCUGGCGAAGGCUAUAGAGAGCGACGCUAAGCUCACCCUGUUCGGGGAGGACCUGGCUCUGCCCGGGGGACUGUUUACGACAAGGGCAGCACCGAGACCCAGAUACCUGGACGGUCAGAGACUGAGGCUGGAGAGUAUCGAUGAAGGGAUCGUAAAAGACGACAGAGAUGAAGAAGAGCAGGAGGUGGAGGAAAAGCCAGCCUGAACAACGCUGGUGUUAACAUGUUAACAUGUACUGCAAGGAUGCUACACCCUUCACACACGUCACAUAUGUGACCAUUCAGAGUGGUGCUCGUCCUGCUCUGUGGUACAGUUUAUGAAGUCUGAUCUCUACAUGUGGGUACUCCAUACUUGAAAUUAUUAGGAAACAGGAAGAGGCACAUUAUUCAUUCCACUAUGUUGGACCAAGUGCGCACCAUUAGUGUCUUUGCAAGCUUUUGUAUGGAUCAAUGUAAUCAAAUAGGAAGCCUUUACUACUGUAGCCUAAAUGAUCUGAUUGUUUUUGUAAUUUCUUUAUUACUAUAUAUUAUUCUGUGUCCUCAGAAUUUUCAAUAACAUGUGCCUCAUUAGGGCUGGUCAGUAUUUAAGAAGUAGAAUUGUUUCUAUCUUCCAAAAGACUCAACACUGUUUUCAGAUCAGUUUACAAUUUCUCCUUUAUUACACUAAGAAAAGUACGUUUCACGCCCAAAUUCUCUGUUAUUCAGGUACAAAGGGCCUGUUAGCGCUUACAUACUGCUCACCAACGGUCCAUGUUGUAGGUAAAACACUUGUGCUUAACCUACAAUGACAAGUCCAGAUGUCUGCUGUGAAAGAAGCCUGUUGAUUUGGCGGGCAUCUCAGGUGGAUUGAAAACACUAGAUUGCCUGCAGGCGUUCAUGUGAUUGUGUUUGUUUGUCCUGACUUCUACCCCAGUGCAUGCUGGGAUAACUCCCAAACAGCUCUAAAUAGGAAUUAAUUAGUAUAAAAGGAAAUUAUGUAAUUCAUCAUAAGAAAAUGUCAAAAUGAUUAAAGUGAUUCAGAAUGUCUGUGUGUUGCCAGGCCCUGAGCUUCAUCAUCAACAGAGUGUGUUGGCCAGCUUUGGUAGUGUUGAUCAGGUCCUUGCAGACUGAUGUGGUCCUUAUUGUGUGUAACCACAGGGGUAUUAGAAACAGGGACAGUCCUGACAGUUCAUGAUUAUCGUAUUGCACUUGAACAUGAGUCAUGGUAGUGUGUGUCUGAGAAGGUGAUUGUUACUGUUUGUUCACUGUUUUUGCAUACUGCCAAAGAUAAAGCAGUAUAUUAACAGUGAAGAUAGUGAAGACAUUAACAGUCAAAUGAGUUCAUGAGUAAAUGAAGUUCAGAACCAACGAGGAAUCAGUAUUUCAAGAUUGUCACAUUAAUGAAAAUGCAUUAACAAGGACCCACAUUUCAUAUUGUGCACAGACUGAGCAGUGCGAAGCGACAAGCAGUCACAAAUAAGUUACUUUAUUUUGCUAUAUUGGUAACUGAAAGUCAACUCAGAAAAAAAAUAAAAUUGUGUUCAGCAUCAAAUUGGAGGACAAGUUCUGUCUGAGGGAAAAACUUUUUUAUCUACAACACUGUGUCUUAGUAAAUAUUCAUUUGUACAUGUGUGUUUACCUCAGUUUGUACACUCCAUCGCUCACUUUACUAUUAUAAAGAGGAACUCAGAGGACAUUUGUAAUAAAUAGAGCACAGUUCUGGUGCUUCAGUCUUACCUCGUAUCUUCAUAUUAUGUUUGAACGGUACUACUUUUGUAAAAAAAAAAAAAAAAAAAAGCUAUACACCUGAGAAGUGAUGUAACCUUUUGAUUUUCACUAUACAGUAAAUAUUAAUACAAAUAUUUGCAUUAAAGUUUUGUAUCAAGAUUCUUCUAUUAAAACUUUUUACAUAAACAUUUCUGAACCAUUUUUUUUAUGUAUGUUUCCCUGUUUGUGUUGCUGUGAUUCUGUAAGUGGAGGGGUUAACCUGACCCAUGUUAGUGUCUUUACAACAGCUACCAAAACAACGGCCACCUGUCCUGCAGUCUAACAACUCAGAGCUAUUGCUGUUUCACGUAGUGUCUGACAAACCUCUCAUUUUUACCAUUAUAUUCAUGUCAAAUGCACAGCGAUGUUUACCAACAGCUGCCCAUGUUCUUAAAGGGGUACUCCACGCAUUUUAGUGUAGUACAGCAUCCAAAUCUCAGACCUGAACUGUCAGUUGUCGAGUUGCAUUGUGGGUGGUGUAGGCACCAGGUUUAGACA